ACCCCUCCCGCACAGUUCGAAGAAUUUGGUUCGUUACUUCGUUCUUUGAUUUUUUUCCCGGGAAUUUCGUUGAAGCGAAUUUCGAUGGCACCGAAGCCGGCGGAAAAGGCACCGGCAGCCGAGAAGAAGCCUAGAGCGGAGAAGAAGUUGCCGAAGGAGGCGCCAGUCUCGGCGGAGAAGAAGAAGAAGAAGGCGAAGAAAAGCGUGGAGACGUACAAGAUCUACAUCUUUAAGGUUCUGAAGCAGGUGCAUCCAGAUAUUGGGAUCUCGAGCAAAGCCAUGGGAAUCAUGAACAGCUUCAUCAAUGAUAUCUUUGAGAAACUCGCACAGGAGUCUUCCAGGCUCGCUCGUUACAACAAGAAGCCAACCAUCACCUCUCGCGAGAUCCAGACCGCUGUCAGGCUGGUGCUACCCGGUGAACUCGCCAAGCACGCCGUUUCUGAAGGCACCAAGGCCGUCACGAAGUUUACUAGCUCUUAGAAUUUUUCGUUAUUUGCUUUGUUUUAGGUAUUUUAGGUAUUUUGCUGUUUGGUUCUGAUUGAUUUUGGAAUUAGGGUUUAGUGGUCGGUUACUAGUUCAGUUACAGAUGUAAAGAAGGUACAGGGCAUCUCAUAGGAAAUUACUGCCGUAUUUUUUUCCUUAUUCAAUCAAUGAAACUUCGAUUUGCAAUCUGAA